CGGCCAACAACAUCUCUUGCAUCUCUACGCCUCUAACACACACCUCAUUCAACAUCUACACAAUCAAUUACUUCCACAAUGGCGGCUGCAGGCUACUUGUUCAACGAGAGAGUCCCCAGUGGGAUCCUGAUCGCGCAAGCCGUGGGUAUCACAACAAGCGUGUUUCUUGCUGGCCAAAAUGCCGCGUUUUCAUACGCAACCGUCCCCGCUCUUCUCGAAGCCCCCGCUCCGCUCGCUGCCCGUCAGUGGAAGAAAGUGUUUGACCUAGGUAAGAAAGUCGGACCUAUUCUUGCGGUAGCGGGUACGAUUGCUACGGGAUAUCUUGCUUCUCAACAGGACACCUCCUCCCUCCCCUUCAAGCUCAACCUCGCCGCUACAAUCAUCUUCCCGAGCAUCAUACCUUACACCCUCGCCUUCAUGAAACCCACGAAUAACAAGCUCCUCUCGAAGGCGGACUCGCUUGCCAGCACCGAGUUGAGCAACAAGGCGGCGGAAGCGGGUGUCACGCAGAGCGAAACGGUGCAUGCGUUGCUGGAUAAGUGGGCAACGUUGAAUUUGGCGCGUGCGCUUAUUACGUGCGUUGGUGCUCUGUGUGCAGUUUGGGCGGCGAUUGAUAAGAGGGAGGCUGUGGGGUUUAGCAAGGCGGCGCUCAAGACUGGGGCGAACAGGAUGGGUUGAGUAGAAGCUGCUUUGAUGGAAGCCCUUGGAACCGGGGAGAAUCUUGAUGGCGUGUAGUCGGUAUGAGUAGUAUACUCCCGAGCAAUGCACAGGAGAGGUUUUCGUUUCACGUCGGAAAAAAACAUUUGCAGUUAUGCCUCGGUGAAUACGGCAGACACGUUGGAAAAGAAGGCCUGCGAAUAGUAACCUCUUAUAACACUAAUACAUGUAUGCUGUAAACAAUACACCCAUCACUUUCACAU